AUGUCAGCCCUCCUCGAGCCUGUGACCUUCGGGAAAGACCUGGUAUUGCGUAACCGAGUCGCUAUGGCGUCAUUGACACGAAAUCGAUGCGUUGAUUCCUGCAAGCCUGGUCCAGCUCAAGUCAGGUAUUACUCUGAUAGAGCUCGGGAUGGUCCUGGCAUCAUCGUGAGCGAAGGCACCUUGGUCGACUGGGCCGGCUUGGACUGGCCGCGUGCACCUUGCAUGAUAUCCAAUGAACAUGCCGAUGCCUGGCGAGUGGUCGUCGAUGCUGUCCACAAGGAAGGAUCCCUCAUGUUCAUGCAGGCAUGGCACGCAGGUCGAUGCCAGCAUGACGAGAUGCCUAUCAUGAAGAAUGCAGGCCGCAGUGUGCUUGCGCCCUCAUCCAUCUCCGCUAAGGACGGGAAAUACCAUGACUUACCUGGCUUUCCGGGUCACACCGAUAAUGUCACAGCUAUUGAGGAUCCACGAGAUCUUAUAGAAACAUAUCGAAGGUCAAUAUCGCUGGCAAAAACGGCUGGAUUCGAUGGUAUUGAGCUUCUCUGUCAAGGCGGCUACCUGCCACAGCAAUUUUUAAAUUCGCGUGCAAACAAACGAACUGAUGCCUAUGGCGGUCCUGUAGAAAACCGCUCUCGCUUCGCGUUGGAGCUCGUCGACGCAGCCAGCGAAGUAUUCGGUGGGCCUGAAUUCAUUUGCAUCAAAAUCAGUCCUACCGACACUCUCAACGACUCAGUGGUCACGUUCGACGAAAUGCAGGAGACCUACACAUAUUUGAUCAAAGAAUUGGUCAAGCGUAAAGUGGGCAUUGUCACUAUCUGCCGGCGCGGUGCCAACAUUAGUGUCGAAUCAGCCGACGCUUACAGCUUCAGCUUUCCACGGCCAAAAGGAUAUUUGUUGCCGCCGAAGUAUGAUCCGGUCCUAGAAUUUGGCGGCUUGGUCAAGUUUCCUGGCAGCCCUUCUCUGCUCAUGGCCAACCAGGACUAUGGCAUUGAAGAAGCUGACCAGCUGGUCCGAGAGGGCAAGAUCGAUCUGCUUAUGAUCGGAAGACCCUUCAUCUUCAAUCCAGAUGUCGUCACUCGCAUCAGGAAGGGAGUGCCAUUUGCAAAUAAUGAUCGGGGUGAUUUCGUUUAUUAUGGGCCGUACCGUGUGCCAGAUGAGAACUAUAACGACUGGCCAGUCGCUACUGCCUGA